GCGAGUAGAUACCAAUCCAACAAUGACCGACUGCGAUAUCAUAGAGUGUGUGUGUGUACGCUGUGCGCUGUGCCGACUGUUCGCGGGAUCUGAAACAUUAUCGGCGGGGGAUCGAGAGCACAGCACGACAAGAAGAAGAGCCGAGCCCUCGGACUUCUUCACUCUAGCUCACUCUCUCAUCUCGGGAUCAGAUUCAGUAAUUAGUAGUAGUGCUAGUGUGCAAACUACCUGACCUCGAGAUGUUGGUGCAUCUGCUACUUACUACUCGUACCGUCCUCAGCUACACUCAUUCAGGAAAACAAGAAAAGAUCAACUACCUAGAGAAGCCUAACAAAGCGCACCAUCCCUUUGGGACCUCGAAAGAGCGAAAAACCCCUCUCUUCUACACCUCCUUUCGGGGGUAAAAUCAUACCUUUCGCUACAACAUCGCUUCGAGUUCGCCAUACCAUCAUGUCAGCUCUAGGUCAACCUGUACCUCUGGGAUAUGAGGAAGAGCUCCUAGGCACGCCUCCCGGAUUCCGUAGAGCCACUUCGGAUUCCGCUGUCGUACAGCCCACUGCCAUGGCAAACGACGCCGAGCACCUGAAUGUCCAACUUUAUGACGAUAAUAAUAUGGCACAGCAGAACCAGCACCUAGACGAUUCUCACUUGACGCCAAAUUACCAGCGUCGAGAUCUCCUUAGGGGUCUCAAGAACCCCAAACUCGCCGGACUCGGACCUGGGAUCUCUCCAUACACCCCGGUCGACCUGAACGUCUAUUUCCAAGCUGAUGAUCAAGAUCAUGGCACGCCAACACCUAGCCGGAUCUCUCCCUCCCCCUCCGGUUCUAGCGGUGCUCGUCACCUCCUUCCCCCACUCUCGGCGAGUAGCAGUCGAAGCCAUUCUCCUUCGAGCAACCAUUCCCCGUCGUUGUCCCCCCUGCCGACGCUCUCGGAGCUACGCAACCUGCAGAGAGCGAAUUCUGCCGCUGGGAGGUUGAUGGCCAUGAAGAAGCUCAUGGGACAGACCCCUCCGUCGCCGACGAGCUUGAGACGGGCUGGAUCGUUGAACGUCGGGGCGAGAGGUGGGAUGAUGAGUCGGAAUCGGGGAGUUGUAGGAGACCAGGACGGAGAGGAUGACGAGAAUAAUGCGGACAAUGAGCGGGGAGAUGAUACCCUUGAUGAUGACAAUGACGAUAAUGAGAUCGGGCGGAAAGAUCAGGACCAAGAACUAGCACAAGAGCUCAACUCGUUCGGUCAAGGUAUGCUCGGAUCACCCACCAAGCAGACGGGAGCGAGGAGGAAUCGGAAUCGGAAUCGACGGCUCGGAUCUAUCGAUCUCUUGCGGAAUCGCGAUCAGGAUCACGAUUCCGAGCAAUAUUCUUCAUCACCGGACGACCACAAUCACGAGGAUGGUCAGCUCGACUCGGAGGCCUUUGCUCAGCGCAUCGGUUCUGCUCGUGAGAUGACCCAUCUACCUCCCUCAGCGUUCCCCCGACCUCAAUUAGGACGGUCUAACACUGUCGGUACAGGAGGGGGAGAGGAGAGGAGGAGCGUGAUCGGAAGGAGGAUGAUGGAGCGACUAGGAAGCCGAACGCGGAGCCCGCAGGGGGAUGGAGAGGUGGCCUCCUCAUCGCCAGGGUCUGGUGCGGUAGGGUUACAGUCCUUGUUACAGCGGGCCAGGGAGAGACGAGAGAAUGAAGCGAGGGCUAGACAGGCGGAGGCGGAAAGGCAGCAGGAGAGUGUCGUGCAAGCAGAAGCAGAGCAAGAAACGACCGAGGAACGGAAAGAGAACCAUGAAUUCACGAAUCCGCAAGAGGCUGCUCUGGCGCAAGGUGGAGCCCAGUCAACAGAUCGACUGCCACACGAGGAGCCGGGAGAUGAAUCGCUGCAACCUGAACACGAAUCGACCUCUGAGCAAGAAGAGGAGUCGAUCUCGACAAGUCCGCCCAUCAUCCUCUCAGAGGCGGUCUCGGAUUCAGAACCGCGACCAAUCUCAUCCGGGAUUUUAAAGCGGGAUCUGCCGGAAGCCUUGGGUCGGAGUAGCUUUGAGGCUGGAGUUUCGAGCGAUUCCGACCACCAGCGCGGAUCUCUCAUGUUCCUUGAAACCUCCGGGAGCGAAGACUCGCAUCAACGCUAUCGUCAACACUCGCCCUACUUUGGACUGGGUCAUGCAGGUUUUGGCGCGGGAGCAGGUCAGAGUCUUUUCGCCGGGCCGAGCGACCUCGCGCGGUCUGUAUCGCAGGCCACGGCGAGGUCUGGCGUAUCGGACAAGUUCGAGUACGAGGCGCAUCUUAGACGGUCUGGAUCGGAGAAGAGGACAACUAGGGCGAGUAUGGUCACACCGAUCUCGGGAGACGUCGUGGGAAACGUCACCAUGGAAGAGAUCCUCGACGCGGAUGAUUCCGCGCUCAGAGAGGAUACAAUCGAGGAGAUACAGUCGCCAAUCGAGGAUCGUGAAAACGAUCGAAAUGGAGGGGAUGACUUGCCGGUCGAUAUGCCAGUUCAUCGGCUGCAGGAACUGCACACGCGGCGUCUUUCUGUCGAGGCCGCACAAGAAUACGCAGACGGGCCAGAAGGUCUGUUGCCUCCCUUACCGCCUUUUGUCAACGAACACGGCGGUCCUGGCCGCGAUUCGACGAUCAGCCAUACGGGCGGCAAGCACAGCACCACGCCUUCCGAGAGUUCACUCGGGUCCAGCCUGAGCGCAAUUCCCUUCAUCGUCAGCACCGGCGUUGAAGGUAGUCCAGAGACGCGCACGCCCCGCAUGCCAAUUCCAAGGCGUGAUAUGAGCAUGUCCAGCUUUCCUGCCGAAGUUCAGGAUGGCGACAAGCGAGGCAGCGAGUUCAGUACGCCUGGACGCCAGUAUAACAGUUCGGUGAACUCUCCUUCUGGUACGUUGACGGGAUCCAAGGACAGUCCCGGUAACGCUUCUAUACGCCAAGCGAUGCCAAAUAUGCUGGAUCAGCAACCUAGUUCUGAAGGCUAUGAGGCUAGAACGCAUCGUCGUUUGGGAUCCGCAUUCGAGGAACGGCCGAACGCUUCCCGGGAUCACGAAGUAGAGGAGCUGGAUGACGGCGCUAGCCCAGCCAAGUAUAGCAUCAUGUCCUGGCACGACGUUGCUGAUCCCGCGAAUUCGCCUAUCCCGAGCGAACAAUACUCCAAGAGGAGUCAGGGCGUAGUUCAAACGCUGAAGAGCACCUUCAGACGGAAUAGGAGCCGAAGCAAUAGCCGAAGUGGGACGGAUCAGGUGCUGAGUUCGACAAUAACCCCAGGGACUCCUACUCGAGCCUCACAGGGCAGCCUUGCUUCAGCGACAACAAAUUCUCCUCACCGGGAAAGUCGCCGAGGCAGCCAACGAUCCGAUGCCAGCAGCAUGACGACUGGGCCUCAUGCGUCCAUGCAGUCGAGCGUCUUCUCAACUGCCCCAUCGGUGGUCUUGCCCGCCGGCCAGGUAUCGCCCUUGCCCCAAAUCGAUCCCAACGACCCUCGAGCGUUCAAUUCGAAACUUUCGCCUUUUGUGCCACAAUCGAUGCACGCGCCGCUCCUCCAACAAGUAUCAGAUUCCGUCAUACCUACUGUUCACAGUACCAAAGAUUCGCCGCCCUUGUCUCAGGCGUCGAGCAGAAAUUCUCAAUCCAAGCUGGAUGCUUCCCCUUCGUCUGCUCAGGCAUCAUACUACGACUUGACGGCGACCAAAGAUCUGGCGGCUCAGGAUGAGAAGAGCAUCGGCAAGAAGUCUUGGUUGGCAGACACCUUCUUUACCCCUCAUGGCGCGACAACAAAGCGCCGGCCAUCAAUCUCUAAUAUUCUCAGACGCAAAAAUAGCACAUCGCAGGCCUCGUCUAGAAAAAACAGCGUGGUGCAAGACGUCGCGGAAAUAGUGUUGCCUAGGGUGCCUCAAUCGGCUUCGUCAGACGUACCGCCAUUACCGAGAAGCAACGAAACACUUCCUGCGGACGCUAUACCUCACCCGAUCAUUCCGGUACCAUCCUCUUCAACCAGUGAUGUUGUCUCGCCACCGCUCAGACUGGCGGCAUUGCCCUCGACGCUCUCAGCUGUAGAGGAGCAGGAUACGCCUGUCUCCCCGGCUGUCAGGGGGUUCCAGAGAGGAUCUAUGCGUGUUAGGGACAGCAGCAAGAUGAAUAUUGAAACAUCUGCAAGACAGGGCGAUCGGUCAAGAGUGCUUCUCGAUUGCCUUGACAACUUAUUGGCUGCCAAGCCGGAAAACCGGCCUGGGUUUCUGCACGAUCCCCCUCGAAAACUUGUCGCUGUGGCAGAAACUCUGCAGGUCGUAAACAAUCACACUAUCCUCGAUCGCCAUCUGUUCCUUUUCACUGACAUACUGGUCAUUGCGGAACCAAUCUUGCUCGAUGGCGAGGAAGCAUUGGAGGGACUGGAGGGCACGUUCCGCGUGAAAUCGGUCGCACCGCUAGAGACGCUCGUCUUGCGAAAGUGUCCCGUAAAGCCUGCUCGUCCUGCGUCGAGUUGCGACCUCAACAUAGCGGAAUUCAGAGAACAGUUCAGUUCCGAUCCGGAACGCUCGGUCGACCGGUUAUCCGAGCAAACGAGGAUAGCUCAAGACUCCGCUGCUCUGGCAGAGAUCCUCUUCAACAGUCGAGACUUUGACAAAGAACAACUGUCAGACUAUCUCGUGCAACCCCGCAAUCGAGCUCUACUCGACGGCUACAUUCGUCAAUUUAACCUUGGUGGGGUGCGGAUUGACCAAGCCCUACGGGUCUUCAUCUUGGCUCUGCGUUUGCCCGCAGAUAAUGCUGGCUUUGAAAGCAUUCUCCAAGCCUUUGCUAAAGGAUGGUACCAGGCCAACAUCUCGACGAUCGAAUUUGGCUUGAAUACGGUACGCAAUCUGCUGCUCUGCAUCAUGAAACUGCACGAUGGCUAUCACCCAGAAACCACCUUCGGUUUUGCGAAGGAAAAAGUAGUCGUCUCGAGCGACGACUUUUUGACCGGCUUUUACCAGCAAGAUCGAGGGACGAUAGUCUCGGGGAGCCUGCUGAGGACCAUCUACGCAGCGGUCAGACAAGAGAGAUAUGUGCAAGCAGCAUCCUCGCUGGAGAAUCUCACACAUGGCCGAACGAUAGCGAUCUCGCUGGCAUCCGAGGAAAUUUGUUUGUCAGCAGGAAGCUGGAGCGAAAUCAUCACUGUGACCGUCCCUGUUGUCGAUCCCGAUUUUCGGAUCAGGCUCUUGGGCGACGGGCUGUCAUACGAUAGUGAUCUGCUUGAGUUUGGUAUAUCGAGGCAGCAAUCGUUCCGGGUCAAAGGCUCGGUUCCAGGGCGCUUCAAGCUACUCCUCUGUCGAUCCGGCGAGAAUGCAGCUCUAUAUCCCAAACUACCGAACGGAAUUACUGUGGACCUGGGACCCGCAUUCAGGGCGCACAAUCUCGAACUUACCUUCCGAAAUUCCCUCGGACAUCGGCGUCUUUGCCGAUUCUCAUUUUCUGACGAAACAAUUCUCUCAGAAUUCGCACGAGCACUUGACUUGCAAUCGGCCAACGAAAAGUCCGUCAAAGGGCAAGGUCAAGAUAGCUGGACUCGUGCCGUUCUGCCUGAUAGAGGCUCGCUAUCGCCCGAGCUCUUACGGGCUAUCAAUCGGAUGACCCUGAAGACGCUUUCUGACUGUCUGAUGGCAUCUUCUUUGCCCAGACUAGGAAAUGAUUCGGAGGAGGACUUGGAAGCCACUCCGAAGGCCUUCAAGCCAUUGGCCAGCUGGACCAUGUCUUCCGCACAGGCUGAUUACAAUGCUCAGGAGAUCCAGAGAGUCUUGUCCGCAGAAAUCCCGCUCCACGGUACUCCCACGAAGAAGGCCCGGACCAAUCCAGGUCGAGCCGCGACAUCUCAUAAGACGACUCUUCUGACCGGCAACGAAAUCGUACUUAUGUGUAGGCAAAACAGCCUCAUACCCAUCAUCUUCGGCUUGCCCGAAGAAGACCAGUCAGCAGUGGGCCUGAGGUCCACUCACCGGAUCUCUAAUCAGCAACAUUAAACGCAACCAACACGAUCCUGAACGAAACACGACAACUUACGACAACUCACGAUCAACUUACGCCGUUUCACGACCUAGGCACGAUGGAAGACCCAAUCCGGGGAAUGUAAAUGAUAUGCAUAUGAAAUCCGAUGGAUGCUUCCCACCUUGGUAUAGAUUGCUCUGUGCUAUAUGGACGGGCAAGAAGGUGAAAAAGGUUUACCGCGAACGAUAAGAUCAUUUUUGACCGAUUCGAUCGAGGGCGGCAUUCGUCCGCUUCCAAAAGGG